AUGAGCUAUCGUGCGGAAAUCAUGGACGACCAGGGCCUGUGCCUGCAGGUCUAUUCGGAGAUCGACGGCAAGGACACCGAGAUCCUGCGCUUCGACUGCUUCGACCAGGCCCCGCAUUACCACUACGGCCCGGAGAACCACAACAUCCGCUUGUUCAUGGACAAGACCACUGCCGGCAAUCCCCUCGGCUGGACCAUCGGCAACAUUCGCAACAACCUGCCGACCAUGGUUCGCCGCUCCGGCUACGACGAACUGGCCGACAAGCUGGAAGCCCACCCGGUCGACGCCGCAAAGCUAGACGAGGCUGAGGCCACCGCUCGUGGGAUGGCCAACGGCGGACGCCGCACAGUGCAUCACAUGAUGCCCGAAAUGCUGGAUGGCGACAAAAUCCAGGUAGGUAACCUGAAGUUCGGUCUCGAGUACCGCCACCUGCCGCAGAUCAACGACGAGGGCAUGGCCAUCCACGUCCUGUCCGACAUCGCCGGUCAGGAAGUCGAGCUGCUGGCCUUCGACUGCUUCCAGAACGGCCCGCACUACCACUACGGCCCGCGCAAUCAGGACGUCCGGAUUUACUGGGACGUCACCACUUCCGGCGAAACCCUGGCCUGGACUUUGGACCAGUUCAAGCAGGGCAAGAUCAAGAGCAUGAUCGCCCGCGCCGGCUACCCCACCAUCGCCAACGACGUGGACGAGGAAUUGCUCCAGGCAACGAUGCCGGCAAUCGAGGCCCGCUCCUGGGAGCUGGUCGAGAUGAACAACGGCGGCAAGGACGACCCCAAGGCCCAGAUCAUGGCCGAGAUUGAGGCCCUCCGCGAGAAGGUCGCCGCGCUCUAA